CUCUCUCCACCUUUCUUUCUUCUUCUUCCUUCUUCGUGCUCCCCUCGUUCUCUCUUCUUUUCCAUUAGAACUCUGCAUUUUAGUCACACAACCGCCAUCAAAAUUACUUUUGUUAUAUAGUUUGUUAUCUAUCAAAAACUGACCAAAAUCGACCGACCGAACUGUCGGUUGACGAUCGGUUUGCACGAAGGUUAAAAAAAAUAUUUUCCGACCGAUCGAACUGACAUGGUCGGUUUUCGGUGUCCAUUUUGUUAAAACAUCGGGUCGGUAUAUUUCAGGGGCGAGAGAUGUUCUUCAGGGUGAUAAGGAUGGGGUUCGAAGACAUAUACGUAUCAAGUCGAAGUUCAUCAUCCAACAAGUAUGGCAAAGACUACUUCAUAUGCACUAGCCCUGCUUCCACGUUGGUUCCUGUGACUAUAAAACCUGGUGAAGAGGGGAGGGGCGCCUAAGUGAUCGAGCAUGAUGACUUGUAAUUAAUUUUCUCUCUUCAAAAUCCACAUUUUACCCAAAUUCAUUGUGAACAUUACACCACAUGAUCAAGUAAAGUAGCAGCCAAAAUUUACAUAUGCUCCUCCAUUUUCGAGGACUUUAUUAAUGAGUUUCUCUGGUCUCCUGAAUGUGAUUAUACUAUUCACAAGCUGGCACUGUUCUAUUAUAAUAUAGAUCAAUGAGCAGAAUAACUACUUUUUUUAUUACAGGAUUUAUCAAUCUCAAUCUCCUCUGUUUGCCUACAAUGGCUUCACCUGAGGGAAGAAUAGUCCCCGCAGCGGUUGCUCUGCCGCUGCAGGAUCGAGUGGCUAUCGUGACUGGCGCCUCUCGUGGCAUUGGCCGAGGCGUCGCCCUCCACCUUGCUGCUCUUGGCGCCAGAGUUGUAGUAAACUACCUAUCCAGUUCGGCUGCAGCCAGUCGUGUUGCUGCCGAGAUCAACUCCUCCCCUGCAGCCGACAUCGCGGGGAGCUACCCCCGAGCCGUUACGUGUCAGGCAGAUGUGUCUAAGCCAGACGAAGUGAAGGCCCUAUUCGACACUGCCGAGGAGGCAUUCGGGUCCCCAGUCCAUAUCCUGGUCAACUCUGCCGGAAUUUGGGAUCCUACAUAUCCAUAUAUUGCAGAUACAUCUUUGGAGAUUUUCGACCGAAUUUUCAGUGUGAACGCAAUGGGGAGUUUCCUGUGCUGUAAAGAAGCGGCAAAGAGAGUGAAAGGCGACGGUGGGGGGCGGAUUAUAAUGAUCUCGUCGUCAGCGGUGGCGGCACCGUCGCCGGGAAUAGGGGCGUACACGGCGUCGAAGGCGGCGGUGGAGGCGAUGACGAAGACUCUGGCAAAGGAACUGAGAGGGACGGGGAUUUCGGCGAACUGCGUAGCGCCGGGAGCGACGGCGACAGACAUGUUGUACGGAGGGAUGGAUGAGGAAGCAGUGAAGAAGGUGAUAGAAAAGUGUCCGUUGGGGCGGCUUGGGUAUCCGACGGACGUGGCUUAUUUGGUGGGCUUUUUGGCUUCCGACGACGGUGAGUGGAUCAAUGGCCAGCUCUUGCUCGUCAAUGGCGGCAUCGUCUAGUUUCUUUGAGAUUUGUCCGAUGUGUUGUGCUGUGCUGUAUUGUUUUGUGUUUUGGAUUUGGAAUCUUGGACAAUUGUUUUGAGCAACUCUCACUCAACUAAAAAACGAAAGAAGGAUAAUUUAAUUUGAGCGUUUAAAUA